GUGUGAGCGUUUACUGGGAAGAGGAGGGCUGUGGCGGAAUUGGCUUAUACGUGUGUACAUGUUAGUGCUAUCUCGAUGCAAUAGUAUGCAAGAGAAAGACGGUACACUUUAGAUUUUCCGUCGUGCUUCUCUUUUUUUCCCCAGCCGUUUUGCAAAUAAUUAGGCAGCACCGAUACUCGACUUGACUGGAAGCGAAAUAAUAUCGUGAACUCAGCACAGCAUGACUCAACCUUGGAGAUGCAUGCAGUCAUUUCUGUUCGAUCACAAACUGGGUGCGUGGACCACGCAGUUAUGUUGGGAGUACUCGAAGGAGCUGGAGAGAAACGUUACAAUCGUGAUCAUGGGUGCCGUCUAUGAAUGAAGGCCACAAGCAGACCCUCAGACGUCUCAAUCCAGCAACCUUGGAACAGAGGAGGAGGAGGAGAGGGGCGUGUGAUCGCCAACCUCUAGUCCUCUCCCUUGCGAUUACCCCCUGUGGAGCUGUGACAGCCGCCCCUUAAGAUAUAUAUAUAUUUUUUUUACAUUUUUCUCCAUUAAAACUGCUAACCAGUCACAGACCAGUGGAGAGCUAGAAACAGACUAUUAGGCUCAGUAAAGACAGGCUGUAGGGCUUGUCAUUAUCGUGUGGUAGGGCAUUUGGAGCACCCUGCCCCCCCACCCACCUCCUUCAUUGAUGACCAAGCCAUGAGCUUGCCACCCCAGCAGAAAGCCAACGCCAAGAGGACGGGUAAACGCAUCACCUUUUUCAAAGACAAGGGCGUAGCCAUGAAGGAGCCAGUGCAGCAACCUGAGGGGGCCUACUUCAACCUGGGGCCCUCUGCCGCGGAGCAGAGGCCGGGUGAGGCCGGGGCCGUCGUGGUCUCCAGCUCGGAAGCACCGCACAUGUACCUGAACUCCGUGAUCUUCAGCCCAGAGAAGGGCGAGCAGAGCCGGGGGCAUUACCAGCAGACGGUGAAGUGGGCGCACCAGGACCCGGCGCAGCAGCCCGCCUGGGCCCAGGGCAUGCCCAUGCCCUCCUGGGGCCAGGGCUUCCCCCAGUACCUGGGAGGCAUCGGCAUGAAUGAGCCCAGGGGCCAGGCGGCCUUCCUGAAGCCCACCAAUGAGGGGGUCUCGAUGCAACCGCCCAGGCGGGCCCCGGAGAAGCAGCUGCCCAACCCCGCCGACCGGGACGCGGCAAAAGCGUCUGGCCUGGCAGCAGACUGGGAGCAGCAGCAGCAGCAGCAGCAGCAGACUGUAGCUGCCAUGCAGCACGCCCAGGUGCAGUCCUUCCAGCACGGCCAUAAGCCCGGCGUGCUGCCCAGCCAGCCGCAUGCCGCGGCACACACCGCGGCCAGCUCCGUACUGCAGCCCUUCCAGAUAGCUUUCGGGCAACCCAAGCAGCACCUGGCCUCCGACUACUACCAGGUGUUCCAGGGCAAUAGAACCCUGCCCAACAUGAACUAUGGCAUGCCACCAAAAUCCCAACACCAGCUUCAGCACCUGCAACACCAUCAACAGCUGCAGCAGCAACAGAGACAACAACAGCAGCAGCAGCAGCAGCAACAACAGCAGCAGCAGCAGCGGCAGCUUCAGCAGCAGCAGCAGCAACAGCUUCAGCUUCAGCAACAACAACAACAACAGCAGCUGCAGCAGCAACAGCUGCAGCAGCAACAGCAGCUGCAGCAGCAGCAGCAACAACAGCUGCAACAGCAACAGCAGCAACAGCCUCAGCAUCAACAACAGCAGCAACAAAUGCAGCACCAAAAUCAACACUUUGAGUACUUCUCUGGCACCCAUCUUAUGCACCCCCACUCACAUCUCCAGCAGCCCCCACCUCAGGCUCUGGGGCCGCAGGGGCCCUGUGUCCAAGUGCCCCUAGAGCCUCUGGACUCUGAUCCUCAGAAGUUCUCAUCCGGAUCCCAGCAGCCCACAGAGGCCCCUCAGCCGGUUCCCCGCAGGUCUCGCCGGCUCUCCAAGGAAGGCGUGCCUCCGUCAGGCGACAACCCCUUCCUCGCACCGAUGACCCAGCCAAGCCAGGGAUCCCAGAAUGGAGGUCCCGAGGCGAGAGGGCCCCCUGCGAACGAGGACAUCCAGGCAGCGCCCACAGGUGUCAUCCAGAGCACCCACAGGAAGCGGAGGGCCUCCCAGGAGGUGAACCUGGAGACGCUGGCUCAGAAGGCUUCGGAAAUGGAGUCCUUACCCCCGCAGGUCAUCAAGCAGGAGCCAGAGAAAAUGUGGAGCUCUAACGCAGCCUCGUCGGUCCCAGGCCGAGGAGCCACGGAGGGGGAGGGCGUGAGCGCCAAGCGUCCCCGCGACGAGAGCCUGUUGCCGCUGGUGAUCCCCGUGUCCGUGCCCGUUCGGAGGGCCGACCACCCCUCGCCGGACCGGGAGCAGACGGACCCGUCGGAUCGCUGGCCGCAGCAGCCGGCCGGCCUGCAGGGCCCGGCCCAGCCCGAGCACAAGCCCUCCGUCAUCGUCACCCGCCGGCGCUCGCUAAGGAACUCGCUGUCGGAGAGCUCCGGCCUGAAUGGUGGAGGGGAAGGAGGAAAAGACGACGAUGGGAAGUCCGCCAAGUCGAAGCGGCGGCCCCGCCCGGAACCCCUGUUCAUCCCGCCCCCUAAAUCCAGCAUCUUCAUCGCCCCGCCGGUGUACUCCAACAUCACGCCGUACCAGAGCCACCUGCGCUCUCCGGUGCGGCUGCCCGACAACCCCCUCACCAUGCCCCCCUACACGCCUCCGCCCAUCCUCAGCCCAGUGCGCGAGGGCUCGGGCCUCUACUUCUCCACCUUCCUGUCCUCCGCCGCCGCCAACAGCCAGGGACUGCCGCCUCCGGCCACGCCCAAGUCGGCCACCCGCAGCCUGCUGCGAUCCAACAGUUGUGACAUAACGCCCCCAGUCCUCUCUGCGAUGAAUGAGGCUACGCCGGUCAGCAUCGAGCCACGGAUUAACAUUGGACCUCGGUACCAGGCAGAGGUGCCGGAUAUACAGGACCGUUCAGCAGCCCAACAGGACCAGCACCUGGCUGAGCUUGUGUGGGCACCGCUGCUGGAGCUAGAAUCCAAACCCAGUGAACAAGAAAGAGUGGAGGACCUCAUGCACCUGGCCUGCUCCAGUGCUCUGUGUGGAGGCGGGACCAAUCAGGAGCUGGCACUUCACUGCCUCUAUGAAUGCAAGGGUGACAUUCUGGAAGCCCUCACACUUCUGCUGCUGAAGAAGCCAAUAUUCGCCAAGACCCACCCUCUGGGUGACUACCACUACUCAGGGUCAGACAGCUGGACGUCAGCAGAGAAGCGCUACUUCAACAAAGGUAUCUCCGCCUACAAGAAGGACUUCUUCAUGGUUCAGAAACUGGUGCGAACUAAGACCGUGGCACAGUGCGUAGAGUUCUACUACACCUACAAGAAGCAGGUAAAAAUUGGUCGCAACGGGACCCUUAUCUAUGGCGACACAGAGCCCCCUGAGACACGGGCCACGGAGAUGGAGGUGGACGUCAAGAGCUCUCAGCGAUUUGAACCACGGAAGGAGGAAGACGAUGACCAUAAGUGGGACGAGUCAUGUGACAGGAAGAGGGACGGCAGCCCCGCCAGGGUUACGCAGACUCUGCAGGCCACUGAAAAUCAGGUGGGCGCGGUGCUGGUCCUGACGAGCCAGGAUGACUCCCGGAAGGAGCAGCCGUCUCGGGUGGUCAGCCAGCCGCCCCAUCCGCUCCCUCCGCCUGCGCCCCCCAAGCCUCGGGCCGAUCCCGCUGGGAAGAAGAGCGGGACCUCCACCGUGAGCAAGGGCCAGGCCGCCCAGGAAGGCGAAUUCCCUUGCAAGAAGUGUGGCAGGGUGUUCUACAAGGUGAAGAGCCGCAGCGCUCACAUGAAGAGCCACGCAGAGCAGGAGAAGAAGGCGGCCGCGCUGCGCCAGAAGGAGGCGGAGGAGCGGGCGGCGGCGGCCGCGGCAGCGGCGGCCCGGCAGAACGGGGCGAGAGAGCAGGGCGAGGACACCACCGAGGAGUCCUCAGAGGAGGGCGAAGACGCCGACGACGAGGACUGGCACUGAGCCCCUCCCCGAAAACGCACGCUCGGAGAACGGCACGGCAUGCGCUCGGCCACAGCAGCAUCACCCUCAGAACAAAGACACACACCUCUGAUUGUUUCUUUUCUAGUGGGAUUCCCCCCCUCCCCCCCUUUGGACACAUUCAACGACGGGCUUACCCGUGUGUGCGUGCCUGAGUG